UAACAGGUGAAUUGACACAGUUGAACUGAUGUCCUUUAGUUGUACACGUCUGCUCAUAGCUAUACAUUUGACCGUUAUAGGUACGUUUUCAGAGGUUUUGUUUGGGCAAGGACGUAAGAAGGACUAGAACUACCAUAUUGUUCCCCGAAAUGACCUCAACAGCAAGCAAAUAUGAUGAUUUACCCUGUGAUAAAUGGAACCUGGACCCAGUCUACAAGUCCUAUGCUCGGCUGUAUAUCAGCGAUAUCGUAGCGAUGCAACCCUACAGCACCGGGCCAGGCGAUGCAUUUGCUUACAAGAAUCAUCCAAUCUACCGAGUUGACUUGAUGGGGAUUGUGGUCAGUGUUGCCGAGAGAGAAAAGUUCUUCAAUUAUGCUGUUGACGAUGGAACGGGGGUGAUACAGUGUUGCUGUUGGAAACCAAAGAGAGCCGAUGAAUUGGGCAGAGAUCCACAAACAUCAUCUGUUGGAGAUGCAGAAGGUGAACUUGCUGCAUCCCUUUUUAAGAGAAUGGAAGAUUCCACUGAAGAAUCGCUGACAUCAUAUGAGCUGGGUGAUCUCAUUCACGUAAGAGGGAGGCUGAAAUUUUUCAGAGGGAACAUCGAGGUGUCUGCAUCAUACUUCAGAAGAAUCCAGGACCCCACCUACCAGACUGAGAUGAAGAGGAUGGAGGAAAUACCGGUUCUCUACCGGUCUGUGUAUGACCUUCCCUUUGUCUUAGAAGGUGGUCCCAGGCAGGGAACUUCGGGGGACACUCAGAGUGGAAUCAAGAGAGAGGCUCAGCUGGUUGGUGAAGUGCGUGUCAAGUUGCUGAAACUCCUUCAGGACAAGACCAUUCAGAACUUUUAUCUUCAUGAGCUUGAAACAGUGGCCGAACUCUUGGAGAUUGCGACGUCACCUUGCCAUGAAUAUCAACAGGAAGCAGAUAGACCCCAUCAACAAGGAAGACAAAUCAAGAGUGUCUUCAAGAUUGUCACUGAAAAGUUAGAGCAGGAUGGGAAGGUUUUCAUGAGUAGCACGGAACAUGGACUUUUCCAGGCUGUGCCAGGAAACCUCAGGCUGAAUGAAAGUAUAUUAGAGAUCUUGAGAGAAGAUUGUCAACACCCAAAAUACGAAGGUGGGUGCCAUUACAUGCAUGUGACGGACAGACUACGGAAUCACCCUGGCUACGAGCACAUUGGACCCGACGCAGUGAAGGAGGCCCUCACUUGGUUGGAGUCGAACAGUGAAGUCAUCAGCACCACUUCAAAGCACUACAUGGCCAUCAUCUGAGGGUAUAUAAACCUCUUUCAUUGUCUUACAGGUUCA